AUGGGCGUCGACGAGAAGGUUCGCGCCUCUGGCGAGCAGGUCCGAGAUACCCUCCCGACAGUCAACCCAGACGUCGAGAAGUCGCAACCACCCAAGCCAUCACUCCAUCCGGCUUUCUACGUGACCAUCUGGAUUUCCCUGAGUUCCUCCGUCAUCCUCUUCAACAAAUGGAUUCUCUCCACGCUCGGGUUCGAAUACCCGGUCAUCCUCACGACCUUCCAUUUGGUGUUCGCUACCGUCAUGACCCAGCUCCUUGCUCGCUACACCACUCUCCUCGAUGGCCGCAAGACGGUCAAGAUGACUGGCCGGGUCUACCUUCGCGCCAUUGUUCCGAUUGGUUUCUUCUUCAGCUUGAGCUUGAUUUGCGGCAACUUGACCUAUCUCUACCUUAGCGUUGCCUUCAUCCAGAUGCUCAAGGCUACCACCCCUGUCUUCGUCCUCUUUUCCAGCUGGGCGCUCGGCGUCUCUCAGCCUAACCUGAAGGUCUUCCUCAACGUCUCAGUCAUUGUCGUCGGUGUGGUCAUCGCGUCGAUUGGCGAGAUCAAGUUUGUUUGGAUCGGCUUCAUCUACCAGAUCUUCGGCAUUGCCUUCGAGGCCCUCCGCUUGACCAUGGUUCAGCGCCUUCUGAGCUCGGCUGAGUUCAAGAUGGACCCCUUGGUGUCGCUCUACUACUUCGCCCCAGUUUGCGCUGCCAUGAACUUUGUCGUUGCUCUCUUCUGGGAGUUCCCCAAGCUUAGCAUGCAGGAGGUGUAUGACGUUGGUUUCAUGACCUUCUUCCUCAACGGCUUGUGCGCUUUCGCCCUCAAUGUCUCGGUUGUCUUCUUGAUUGGCAAGACUUCUUCGCUCGUCCUUACCCUCUGCGGUGUGCUCAAAGAUGUGCUCCUUGUUGUUGCCUCCAUGAUCAUCUGGGGCACCCAGGUUACUGGCCUCCAGUUCUUUGGUUACAGCAUCGCCCUUGGUGGCAUGGUCUACUACAAGCUCGGCUACGAGGCCAUCAAGGGCUAUGCUGGCGAGGCUGGUCGCCAAUGGGCUGACUUUGGCAACCGCCGCCCCAUCCUCCGCCGCAUUUCGAUCAUGCUCUUCACUGUCAUGACCGUCUUUGUCCUCCUCGGCGGUCUUGCCCCUACCUAUGCGCCGGGCAUGGACCCCACCGAAUACCUGAACGAGGCCAAGAACAAGAUCGGCAUCGCCAGACUAUAG